AUGUGUCAUAUCGGCGGAUAUCAUGCCGCUCGUCUCCUAUGCCGCUACCGAGCCCGUAUAGCGCCCGUGCACGACCGGUAGUCCGGUUAUUCUCGUUCGUUCACAGCGCUUCAGUCAAAUAUCGCUCGCUCGGCUUCUAAAAGGACCAGGAUGGUGUUUCCAGCGGGCAACAUGACCCUCCUCGCGCUGACUUUGGCGCUGCUCGCCGUCGUCCUCUGCACCUCUCCGGUCGGUGCGAACGAGGACUGCCUGUGGUACGUGGAUAAAAACGGCACCUGGCACAACGGCUUCGACUGCCCUCUCAUCACGUUCUGCUGCGGGAACUGCCACCGGCGCUACUGCUGCCUGGACGCCUUCAAGAUGAUCACGGAGCGGGAGCAGAAGCGCUGCAUGCUCUUCCAGUUCAGCCCCACCUCUUUGGCUGGCAUCGCCUCCUCCAUCCUCCUGUUUGUGGCGAUCAUUGCGACCAUGGUGUGCUGCUUCAUGUGCUCCUGCUGCUACCUUUACCAGAGGAGGCAGCAGAGGGGCCGGAGCCCCUACGAUGCUCAGCAUAUCCCCAUGGCCAGUUACCCAGUGGAGCCCAUGUAUGAUGCUUAUGGAAAACCACUGGGACCGUCUGAGUACCUACAUGCAGGGUAUCCGAUUGCGUUCCAGUACCCGGGCAUGCCGCCCCAUUACCCGAUGAUGCAGCCUGGACAUUAUCCACCACACCUUAUGGAUCCCACAUACAACCAGGCCCCACCACCUUACUCCCCGCCUCAGUAUCCUGGUCAUUGAUGAGCUUGUCCACACACACAUACACACACACACACACACGCACACAUACACACACUAGCACUAACACGGUGGGAAACAACAGCAGCUGAGAGAAAGGACUCUAUCAAAAGGAGAAGGCAGCAACUCUCGCACACACACCCAAACGAACGCUACAGCCCGACUAGCGGGAGGCACUUUAAGGUUUUUAUUAGUUUAUUUCCAAGGUUGUCCUACUUUUCUAAAAGUAUUUACUUACGUAAGUCCAAUUCUGUUCCGAUUGCUCCCGGCGGGCCCAAAGUGAGGAAGUAUCUGUCUGGCGUCUCGACUCUGUGCUGCCACGUGUGCUCCGGCACGCUCACCUCAACGACAGGGUCACUACCUUAACAGCAGAGGGGUCAAAGGGCAUUUACAAAAACAAGUUAUAAUGCACUCCCUUUUGUAUUUAUUAAAAGGGGAAAAAAUGCUUUACUUCCUCACUAUUGUUAAAUUUGAAUACAUUGAUAACGGCUUAGGCUACAUUACAGGUCACGCUCUCCACACUCUCCAAAUAUGAUGACACGAUGUCUUUUAUUUCUAUACAUGAUGGGUUUUUUUCCGUAAUGUGGUAGAGGCGAAAGUGAAAAGCCAACUGCAUGUUUGAGUGAGAUGACAUCAUGGCUCAAAGGUCAUACUGUCUUACAUUUGCAGAUGGCGUAAUGGUUUUAUGGUACUCUUAAUUUUGUGUAAGAGGUCAUACUCUUCAACUUUAAUUUUUUUUAAUCUGACAGGACUAAUUUGUUCAUGAUAGUAAAUUAGCUGCACCAUUCUAAUGUAACGUCUAGACACCAGCAUGCUACCCCAGUCCAAGUUAUCUGUCCUGUCAUCCUUCUGUUCUGGUUUUAAAUGCAUUAUACAUCUUUAGAUUAAACACAUAAUGGCAGGUAGGAUGUUUACCAGUGGAAGUCAUGUUUAAUGUUUAUUGUGUGUAACAUAUCAGGUCAGGGGAGUUGCAGGUCUUGCUGAUUGGUUAAAACAAAGUGUCCCGCCUUACCAUGAUGGAGAGAGAAAAAAAGAGAUAACUAUUUAAAUACUUAUUUUGUAAAUUGUUCUUUAGCUGAAUAUUUUAUGAUAUUGUAACAAGUUCUUUUAAACAUAAUGUAUUGUUAUUGUAACAUGAGAUAUGAUGUUUCAGAAUUUUUGGCAUCUUUCCAUUUGGUAUUUAUUAUUAUUGAGGUUACCUUUUACUGUGAAUGGGUUCUCCCCUUGUGGACUAACGACGAAGCCAAAAAGCACUGCUGUGGAAAAAAGUUGUUUCUUCUUUUAAAGUCAUAGUUAGACAUUUUGGGAAAUAUAUUUCCAACACUGAGAGUCUCGCAAGUAGAUAGGUACCAAUCUCAAAGGCGGGAGUCUAUCAAUCUUCUCUUCUGGAGUUGCACGAUAAGAAAGCAGAUCGAUGUGUUUCUCACAACGUUGAACUGUCCCUUCAAUUUGACGUGUCCAGAUUUGGGCUCCUCUAAAGUCAGGGCCUGUAACCUGUAAUUAUCUUGAAUUGAGUCAGGUUUAACAUCCCGGACAGCCAUGAGCCCUUUGUAAGACGUAUGAAGAGUAAAACACGGCGUCUCAAGCACAGUUUGCUGUCUGAUGAUGGAUUCUCUUUAUUCGGCUGUAGUUUAUCUCGUAAUUUAUGCUGAUUGAUCAGAGAAGUCUGGGCUUUUCCUUGAGACUCACUGCUGUAUCUUGUCUCUAAAAAAAGGUACUAUUACCGCUAGUUUACAGCUCAAAUAGUUUCCUCCGACGUCCACUUGUACAGAUUUGUUGAGCCUUUGUAAAGGACGCAGAGAACACUGGACUUUUGUUCGUGAGAUGCUUUCAUAUGUAGUUUGACAUAACAUGUUCUCAAUGAUGUUUCUGUUUAUUUGUUGUUCUAAACCAACUCCAUGAGUGUGUUUAAUGGAACGGAUUUCAGUUGGUCUAGAUAUAUGGCUUUUUGGCUAUUGUCAUAUGGAUAUGGGAUGACAUUGUAAUAUAAAGUGAGUGAAAAAGGGGUUUAUUUCUAUUAACAUAAAAUUUAACUUUGGAAUGUAAAAGAAA